AUGAACGGCGAGGUUUCGGUGGAACGAAAGUUCAGCCCUUCGCAGCCCGGCUACGGCAGUGAGGGGUGCCGUCAGUCAAUGGGAACAACAACAAACAACGGCGCCCGCCGCUUCUCGGCGACGGAGCUUGGCCGUACGGUAGGCAUGCCGUACUCCUUCGACACCAUGCGGUACCUGAAGGACGUGAUGCGGAGGCGGGAGGAUAUCCACACGAUGCGGGUGAUGCCCAAGACGCACCUUCUAGCCCAGUUGGUGCUGCUUGAGCAGUCGGGACGGGAGAUGCUUAUCCACCAAGAGCGAUUUUGCCGUCAGCAGAUUGCGCACAAGCGUGAUGAUGAGCGGUCAAAGCGGGAGGAGCAGCGUCUACAGCAGAAAAACCGUGAUCGUUUGGAGGAGAUGAAGAGAAAGCAGGUGGAGGAGCUAGCCGCAUUAAAGGAAGGGGUGACCUCCUUCCAGAGGCAGAUUGACGCCGAGGUGAAGGAGAAGCUGCGCAUUGUGUGUAUGCUGCAGCCCCGCAUGAAUGUUGCGGCCGCUGUCCUUGCUGAAGUGAAGAACGAGGCAUCCCCUUUUCUGCUGCUGCCGGAGCUCAUGGAGGAGGAAAAGCGCGUGGCGAAGGCACUUAAGGCGGACAGUCGCUAUAGCAAGAGCUCCGCCGACAGUGGGGCCGUGCCUCACUGGAUGCGCACCUGCGUCGCCGGCUCAUUCAACGUGGCAGCCAUUUUACAGGACGCCCCGUAUCGUGCGACGGUGGAUGAUGCCGUCAAGGUCACAAAUGCCUUUUUGCGCAAGGUGGUUGUGGUGCGGGACGUCAAUGACAGGAGCGUCGUGGGGUGGGUGCAUGUGCGUGCGGGGUCCGAUCCCGCGACGUUGGCCACGGAGUUGGUGCGGCUUCCUGCCCCGGAGGAGUUGCCGGACCAAGGGAACAUUGGCGUCGUGUGGCCCAAAGAAGACUUUCUCGAGUUGAGCCGCAGGGCGAAGGCAAACAACAACGUGGAAACGCAGCAACUACUGCAGUCAGUCCUUGGCAUUUCGAGCGCCUCACUCCAUUGUGUCGGUCUCACGACGCAUGAAUUUUCGAAAAAAGAGGUGGACACCAUUGGAUCACUGGCGUCCGUCUGA